ACUAGAGGGGAUCCGGAUACAGUAGUACUACUGGAGGGGAUCCGGAUACAGUAGUACUACUAGAGGGGAUCCGGAUACAGUAGUACUACUAGAGGGGAUCUGGAUACAAUAGUACUACUGGAGGGGAUCCAGAUACAGUAGUACUACUGGAGGGGAUCCGGAUACAGUAGUACUACUAGAGGGGAUCCAGAUACAGUAGUACUACUAGAGGGGAUCCAGAUACAGUAGUACUACUGGAGGGGAUCCGGAUACAGUAGUACUACUAGAGGGGAUCCAGAUACAGUAGUACUACUGGAGGGGAUCCAGAUACAGCAGUAAUACUAGAGGGGAUCUGUGGGGUCAAUAUUGCUGUUGCUUCAUUAGUACUAACAAAAUGUAGUUAUGGAACGUUAAUCUCACGUCACAGUAACUGAUCCAAGAGCAUUUCUAUAGCAUUGCCUUUACCAUCACAACACAUAAGUGCGUCAUGGAAGAAGUUGUCACACAAAAAAAAGAUGACUCUUUCCAUCGAAGGUCGGCUAAUGGCUAAUGUGUCAACAUGAAACAUCCCACUAACAUCACACCAGGACACGGUAAGUACCUUCAACACCAAAAACUGUUGCUCAGGACACUCAUUGAGCCACAAGCCGUCUCUCACCAGCUACCUUCUUUAAACAAACAGCUACUAUACUCUUUAGUGUGUCUGAAGCAGGAACAGGUGGGUCAAACGCGAGCCAACAAUCCCUGGAAUCCUCUGUACAUCUCAGACACAGGUCACAUCAGUUACGUCCGAUUCACCGGCCCUCCGCUUGCACCACUGAUGUCACUUAGUAAAACAAACAUGCCUAACGAGGCGAACAAUUGGAUUGCCACUUACCGUUAGAUUUCAUUGAGCAACUUCUCUUUUCCGCUGACACUGGCAAAGACCACAGACCCUUGUUCCCGAGGCCUGCCUGCCUGCCUGCUCCAGGGGUAUAAAAUGGGGGGAGAAUCUGGUGUUCUGCCUCAACCAACUUUUCCUUCAGCAUUUCUGCUACUCUUCUACAGAGCUUCUUCACCACCACCUCCACAGCCCAUCAUCAACAUGGCCCUCUGGCUCCAAGCUGCAUCUCUGCUGGUGCUGCUGGCCCUCUACCCUGGGGCAGACGCUGCAGCUGCCCAACACCUGUGUGGCUCUCAUCUGGUGGACGCCCUCUAUCUGGUGUGUGGAGAGAAAGGAUUCUUUUACAACCCAAAGAGAGAUGUGGAUCCCCUAACAGGGUUUCUCUUUCCAAAAUCGUCCCAGGAGAACGAAGUUGCCGAGUACCCGUUCAAAGACCAGAUGGACAUGAUAGUAAAGAGAGGUAUUGUAGAGCAGUGCUGUCACAAGCCUUGCAACAUCUUCGACCUGCAGAACUACUGCAACUGAGGCCUGUCUCACCGCUAAGCCUGCUCUUCUCUUCUCUCUGCCACUCUCCAAUGUGCAGAGGCAUCAUCCCCAUCUCAAAGAAAAGCUUCAAGUGCAGACAAGAAAUGGCAUAGACAUGUUUUAUUUUUCCUAGAAAAUAAAGUUCUAUGAAAUGA